AUGGACCAUGAAAUUAUAUAUUUAAAACCCAUAUAUAUGUGUCCUGAUCCAUUUCUAAAUGAAGAUCCAUGGUUUGCCAUUGAAUAAGAAUACAUGUUAUUUACAAGUGUCGGAACUACCAAUUAAUGGCCGUUAAAUUGGCCUAGAGGAGGUUACCCGGAACCUCUAAUGCCUUAUUGUAAAUAUUAUUGCUCAGUAGGAGAUAAUUCAUGCUUUGGAAGAGGAAUAGCAGAAGCACAUAUUAGAAUGUGCUUAUUUUCAGGAAUCUAAGUUUCAGGGUUAAAUGGAGAAUCAGAUCCGUCUUAAUGGGAAUUUCAAAUAGGAAUCAGUAAAGGAAUUUAGGCAGCAGAUAUGUUAUGGGUUGCUAGAUAUAUUUUAAUAAGAUUAGGUGAAAAAAUGGGAAUUUGUAUAUGUUUUUGUCCUAAACCAUUUAAAGGAGAUUGGAAAGGUUAAGGGGGACAUGUUAAUUUUUCGACUAAAAGUAGUAGAUAGGAAAAUGGGUUAGAUAUUAUUAUAGAUGAAUAUAUACCUCGGAUGCAUGAAAAACAUAUGGAACAUAUAGAAGUUUAUGGAGAAAAUAAUGAAUUAAGACUAUUAGGAUCUCAUGAAACUAGUAUUUAUAAUAAAUUUAAUUUCAAAGAAUGUAGUAGAGAUGUUUCUAUUAGGAUUCCGUCAGUUGUUUAGGAAAACAAUAAAGGAUAUAUGGAAGAUAGAAGACCGGCUUCAAAUAUGGAACCUUAUUUGGUACUUGCAAUUAUAGCUGAUACAUGUCUUUUAGAUUCGGAGUUUUGUGAUGAAAUAUUGUUUGA